CUCCUCCCCGACUAUCAAUGGCUGGACUCAGCCGGACCAGUCGACUACCUGAACAACCACAGCCAAGCUCGCCUAACCGCGAUGAAUUCCGACCCCAAGCUCAUAGCGAAAGCGCCCAUCCUGACCUGGUACUAUGUCGCAACCACGCUUGACCCCGUGCGCGCCUCCUCUGGCCCGACGCAACCUCCGACGCACACAUUCGAGACAUGCCCACCGGUUAAUUACGUUCUCAUGCCCGGAACCUUGCUCAACCCGACCUUGCCGCCGUCGUUCGUCAAAUUCGUGCAGGAGCGGUACGCAGACCCGUCGGUCACGUUCCUCACGGUGUGCACAGGCAGUCUGACCCUAGCCCCGACGGGAAUCCUGGACCACCACCGCGUGGCGUCCAACAAAGGGGCGCUGAAGUACCUCGCCCAGUCGGGGCAGUUGAACCACAAGGUGCAUUGGGUGGGGGAUCGCAGGUGGGUGAAGGAUGGAAAGGUGUGGAGUGCGGCUGGAAUCACGAGUGGGAUUGAUCUGGCUGCUGAAUUUGCGAGGGUCUAUUUUGAUAAGGAUGUGGUUGAGAAAGCG